AUGGAAUUUGACUUUCUAGAGGCAAGAUUGCUUCCAGGCCAUACACAAACGAGUACAGCGUUGUGGUUUUGGAGGAGGACCAAGGUGUACGACACGUGGAUCGUCAAGGUCCACGGAGACGCGAAUAAAUCUUGGCCGAAGCUCGUGGAUACAAUCUCUGCAAUCCUUGUAAACCUUGGUUGGGGCAUGAGGAUGAAGAAGACCUUUGCCUUUGUCAAGCUAGGGCUAAGUUGGGGCACUAUGAAAGGAGAUGGCUAG